GGUUGUUUGCUAGUCACUACACAGAAACACACUACCUGGAGGAUGGAAGUGCCGUCACCACCUUACCCAAUGUCACGGUUUUCAACUUUUUUUUUCUUCUUCUUGAAAUCAUCUCAGAGCUGAUUGGUUUGGUUCAUGGCUUUUUUGUCUUUACCUUUUGAGAAAAACACCUCCAGAAACAAGGCAGCUGAAAAAGUUGGUCAUCUAACACACAUAUAACAGGGCAUGUUGUGAUAAAAGUAUAAAGCCUACUGUAUCAUAUUUGAGAUGCAAAUUUCUAAGCCCUUCUGUCGUCUGAUUGAUAGUUUAUACUUUUUUUGAAAGUAAAAGGCAUUUUAGUAUAAAUGUACACACUUCCACCCUCAGGUCGUAGUUCACAUGUCUUUUUGCUGUGAAAUUUUUACUGAUUUUUAAUAAGUAAAUGUAAGUAUUGUUAGUUAUAUUUCCAGAUGAAGGUUUACCUGAUUAUCCAUACAUCAUUCUUAGAAAAAUCACAUUCAACUGUGAGUAUCAUAUGUGGUACAUAGGUUUUGAUGAACAUUUAUUUGUUCAUCUCUCAGUCAUCAUUGUAUUGCAUUGCAUAUGUUUUGCCCAACACAAUAAAAACUGCGUAUUUUCGCUCACUUUGAAACGAUGAUGAAACUAAAAACAUUCCUUUUUAAACUACUGUGUUGGCCAGCAGUAAUUAUAUUUAAUUUUUUGUAUUAAAUUACAUAUAAAAUGGCAAGAAGAAAGAUUGUUGAUUAAAAAAAAAAAAUGUGCUGAUGUAACUUCCUGUCUUUUGUUUCCCAGAUUCACUGCUAUUAUCAUGGCGAGGUGGAGGGACACCUGGGGUCAGAGGUCAGCCUCAGCACCUGUACAGGACUCAGGGGACUGAUUUCACUUGAACAUGAAGUAUAUGUACUGGAGCCCAUGCAGGAGGGAAACACACAUCGUCUUUACAGAGGAGAACAUCUUAAAUUCACCCAGGGAACCUGCGGACACGGUCACAAUAUUUCAUACCCCACAGAGAUGGCGAACACUACAGGAGACGUCUUCAGCUCUCACAGCAGUAGGCAUAAAAGAGACGCCCAGAGCAGCACCAAACAUGUGGAGCUGAUCAUCGUCGCAGACAACCGCGAGUAUCAGAAACAGGGGAAAGACGUGGAGAAAGUGAAACAGAGGCUUGCUGAAAUAGCCAACUAUGUGGACAAGUUUUACAGAUCGCUGAAUAUCCGCGUGGCUCUGGUGGGGCUGGAGGUGUGGAGUGACGGAGACAAAUGCUCCAUCACACAGGAUCCGUUCACAUCGCUCCACGAGUUCCUGGACUGGAGAAAACUCAAGCUGCUCCCGCAGAGACCCCACGAUAACGCUCAGUUGAUCAGUGGGGUUUACUUUCAGGGGACCACCAUCGGCAUGGCUCCCAUUAUGAGCAUGUGCACUGCGGAACAGUCAGGAGGCAUUGUCAUGGAUCACUCUGAUAACCCCCUCGGCGCUGCGGUUACUUUGGCCCAUGAGCUCGGACACAACUUUGGCAUGAACCAUGACACGCCGGAGCGCGGGUGCGGCUGCAGAGCGACUGUGGACCGAGGCGGGUGUAUCAUGACCCCCUCCACUGGGUACCCUUUCCCUACAGUCUUCAGUACAUGCAGUAAGAAGGAUCUAGCGGCGAGCUUGGAGAAAGGUGUAGGCAUGUGUUUGUUCAACAUGCCGGAGGUGAAAGUGCUCUACGGAGGCCAGAAAUGUGGAAACGGAUACGUCGAGGAGGGAGAGCAAUGUGACUGCGGAGAUGUAGAGGAGUGUCUGAAUCCCUGCUGUAAUGCCAGCACAUGCACACUGAAGGAGGAGGCCGUGUGUGCGCAUGGACAAUGCUGUGAAAACUGUCAGUUGAAACCUGCAGGGACUCCAUGCCGUGAAUCCAGUAACUCCUGUGACCUGCCGGAGUUUUGCACAGGUGCCGACCCUCAGUGCCCUGCUAAUGUCUACCUGCAUGACGGACACACCUGCCAGGGUGUAGAUGGACACUGUUACAACGGCAUCUGCCAAACACACGAGCAGCAGUGCAUAACACUCUGGGGACAGGGUGCAAAACCGGCUCCAGGAAUCUGUUUCGAAAGAGUCAACUCAGCGGGAGAUCCGUAUGGAAACUGUGGAAAAGAUGCAAAGGGUUCAUUUGCCAAAUGUGAAGCACGAGAUGCUAAAUGUGGGAAGAUCCAGUGUCAGGGCGGAGCCAACCGGCCGGUGAUCGGCACCAAUGCCGUCUCCAUAGAGACCAACAUCCCACUCCAGGAGGGAGGGCGUAUCCUCUGCCGGGGGACUCAUGUGUAUCUGGGAGAUGACAUGCCGGAUCCGGGCCUUGUGCUCACCGGCACCAAAUGUGGAGAAAACAUGAUGUGUAUAAACAGACAGUGUCAAAACAUCAGUGUGCUCGGGGUUCACCACUGUUCGGCCAAGUGCAGCGGACAUGGGGUUUGUAAUAAUAAUAAGAACUGUCACUGUGAGGCGCUGUGGGCUCCUCCGUUCUGUGAUAAAGCUGGAUUUGGAGGCAGUAUGGACAGCGGCCCGAUGAGACCGACAGACAGCAGCAGUGUGACGGUGGGCAUCCUGGUGGCGUUUCUGUGUCUGCUGUGUGUUGGAAUAAUCGCCUGCAUUAAGAGGAAAACUCUGCUCAGUCUGUUCUUCAGCAAUAAGAAGAACACCAUCGAAAAACUGAGGUCUGUGGGACCCAACAGGCUGAACAGUCCAGCUCACACACUUUCAUCCGCUCACACUCAAACACACUCCAUGUACAGAACAUCUCCUCAACGUCAGACUACAGCUUUACCACAAAGUGCCAGCAUAUAUAAGCCUCAGUCUCCUCUCCAGACAGUGGAUUCUGUGGUUCCAUGUCAUGGUCUCCGCCGACUGCCCCAGUGCCCUCCGGUCCACCUCUCUCACCCGCUGCCGCUGACGCCACCACACACAUACACACACUCGUCUCCACCCAGAGCCCCCCCACCAGCGGGAGCAGCGGGAGCGGCUGUCCGUGGCCUGGCCUGCCAGAACGUCUGCAAGAUCGCCAUGGCAUUCGAGAAGCCCAGUCCACCCCAGAAGCCUCUUCCUGCUGACCCACUGGGUCGAAACGUCCGGGUGAUGCGUAACCCAUCCGCCGUCCGACUUCCAGCUCCUAUCCCGACCCCGGCCGCCCCCCGACCUGCUCCGCCUCACCCACAGCCCUGCAGGCCUCCUCCUAAACAGCCGCCCACCUUGCCGAAGCCUCACUUCACAGCCGGAGUGAAGUUCAGCAGCUGAGAGCCGGACCGAAGGGAUUUCGUCCCUGGAGACACUUGCUUUUUGCACUAUGAACCUCUGCGGGACACGUCGUGUAUCAGAGUCCUGAUGUGAGGGGUGACCUUUGACCCCCGCGGUGCUCUCCCUCUAAACGGUGCUAUGAGUCCAAGCUCAGGUACAUGUCACGCAUUAUUUAUGUCGGUUACGAGCGUAUUUAUUUGAGCACAGUGCACUGUGGUUGACACUUUCUCAAUCGUAGCAAUCGGUGGUUCGCCCACGUUUACCUGAUGUUCCUUUUGUUGUUGUUGCUAUUGUUGUUGUUUUGACCUUUUUCGACUGUGUACCAGCAGAGAAAACAGAAGACGUGUUAUCUGUGAACAUGAACCACAUCAUGUGGACGCUAAACUGGAUUGAAACCAGAUUUAAAUGGAAACGUGAAUUGGGAGUUGUGCUUUGCUAAUGGUUCUGAGUCUGUGAUGUCAUUUGGUAUAUGAAAAGGGCUUUUUAACAACUUAAUAUGAUUUAAUAGCCAUUUUUAUUAUAUAUUUCAAACAUGAUUAAACCUGAAUUAGGAUUGCAGUGAUACUUAAGGGAUGUUGAAGGAAUCUACAUGAAAAUACUUUGAUAUGUGGUUGAAUCUCACUAAAACAUGUCCAGGUCACAUUUCACCCCAAAGUAAAAAAAAAAAAAAACUAAAUUAAAGGGUUAGUUGAAAAAUGAAAAUUCUGUCAUUAAUUACUAACCCUCAUGUCGUUCCACACCCGUAAGACCUUCAUUCAUCUUCAGAACACAAAUUAAGAUAUUUUUGAUAAAAUCCGAUGGCUCAGUGAGGCCUUCAUUGACAGCAAGAUAAUCAACACUUUCAGAUGCCCAGAAAGCUACUAAAGACAUAUUUAAAACAGUUCAUGUGACCACAGUGGUUCAACCUUAAUGUUAUGAAGCGACGAGAAUACUUUUUGUGCGCCAAAAAAAUCAUAAGUGUUUCGAAAUGGUUCACCACUGGGGGGCGUGACUUUGAAACAAAAGAUUCGUAAAGCUUCGAAGCUUCAUGAAGCAGCGUUUUGAAAUCGCUCAUCACUAGAUAUUGUUGAAUAAAGUUGUUUUUUUGUUUUUUUUUUGCCGCACAAAAAGUAUUCUUGUCGCUUCAUAACAAUAAGGUCACAUGUAUAGUCACAUGAACUGUUUUAAAUAUGUCUUUAGUAGCUUUCUGGGCAUCUGAAAGUGUUGAUUAUCUUGCUGUCAAUGGAGGACUCACUGAGCCAUCGUAUUUUAUCAAAAAUAUCUUAAUUUGUGUUCUGAAGAUGAAUGAAGGUCUUACGGGUGUGGAACGACAUGAGGGUGAAUAAUUAAUGACAGAAAUUUUCAUUUUUGGGUGAACUAACCCUUUAAAUUUAGCAUACAGAAUUUUUUUUUUUUUUUUUCAUUAACAAGUAUUUUCCCCCUCAUAGUCUCAUGACUGUAAUACAUCUGAAUAUUUCCAUUAUUUUUUUUAUUCUAAUUAUUAUCUAUGUAUUAUUACUGAUAUACAUUCAUUGUUAGUGCAUUAAGAAAUACUGUAUGUCAGUAAUGAGAAUCAUUAUAGAUAAUUAGAAUUGAAAACAAAAUAUUCAAAUUAGUUGUUUUUUUGUAAAUCAGAACAAAGCAGUAAAGCUAACACUAUCAAAAAACUACCAUGAUAUAUAAAUAUUACAGUUAUAUAUAUAUAUAUAUAUAUAUAUAUAUAUAUAUAUAUAUAUAUAUAUAUAUAUAUAUAUAUAUAUAUUAUAAAUUGAGUUAUGUAUUUGCUUUGCAUUAAUAGGAAUUUUAGUGGAAAUUACAAUUGUCAUGGAAAUCUUAAGCUUCCUUUUCUUUUCAAGUCAUCUUUGUUUUUAAAGUGCUUUAUACAGUAGAAAUGGUUUCAAAGCAGCUUCACAGUAAUAAUAAGGAAAGUAACAGAAUUAAUGAUGCAAACUUCAUCAAAUAUGAGACAGAUUCAAAUUCUGUCUUUUCUAGUCUCUGAAUUUAUUCAUGCUAAAAAAAAUCCAAUAUAUAAAUAUAUUUAUGCUAAAUUUAAAAAAAAUAUGGAAAAUUAUCGGGGCAGGAUGAUUAUUACUGUUUUGCAGUAAUGAGAAGUUGGUUGGAAAAUGUGCUUAAAAUAUCACAAUACAAACAAUCAUAAGGGUCCUUAAAACAGGCUUCAUUGUUGUAAAAAAAACAAUUUCUUGCUUAUUCCUUUUGAUUUUGAGGUGAAAUAUGAGCUGGACAUGUGCAGAGGAGUUUAUAGUACUGUGCAGCUGAAUAAUGUUCUGAAUUCACUCCAUUUCAUAUGUCUAAACGAGUGAAAUGAAAACAUUUGCAACACAUUAUAUGCACCAAGCCCAGCUUUUGUUGAUUUCAAAGCAUUGUAAGAAAGAUGUUGUAAUGCAGUUGUGUUCAGAUAGACAGUUUACUUAGGAGAUCCCAGCUUUGAGACCCGCAUGUGCUUACUGGAAGGAUGUGAGAGACAGAAAGCCAAACCCUGAUUUCAUGGCCAUAUGUUCAUAUAUGUUCUUUAUAAAGCAGUUAUUGUGGGAAAUGAUAAAAUGAAUUACAUUUGUACUCUUAAGGACUUUCAAUCUUGUCGACCUAAAUAAUGUUGCCACGUGGAGCAUUAUAACUGGAUUGUGGUUAAUGAAAACAGACAUAUGAAUCCUUCUCUAAAUAUUCCCAAGAUCUCUUUGGUCUCCCUCAAACAUGCUGCGGUCAGUGGGUUUGUGUCACUGGCAGAGUUUCAUGGCGAUUUGUCAGAGUCAAUGAAAACACUGCACUACAAGAAUAGGAUGUGCACAAAAGAUUUAAAAAUAGGGGUUUAGGAGUGAUUAUGGUCAUGAAUUACUGUCAACGGGGUCAAAAUUACAACCAAGUUCAAACUGGCUUUGGCGAAUAAAUACUUUUCUGGUAACUUUUUGAGAAACCACAACAUAAUAAACGUUUUAUUUGAAUAGUAAAAAUGAUAGUCUGAUGAAAAAGAUGUGAACGAGACAUGCAAUCAUCUUUCACUACUCUGUUUUUGGGUUUUGAUGUUUAACCGAGAGAUUGAGACUCAAAAAUAUACACUCUGACAUUCAAAAGUUUGGGGUUAGUAAGAUUUGUUUGAAAGAAGUCUCUUACUGACCCCAAAAUGAUGAAUGAUAGUGUACUUUAAUAAGGAAUAAUAGUUGGAAUGGCUGGAAAUAAAUAAAUAUGUCUGUUAAAUUUCACCCUCCAUUGGCAGGUGAGGUAAAAAGUUGAUGUUUGGCACUGAAACUUUGGUAUUUGACGCCACUGAGCCAUUUGUGAUCUCAAACGUGGGUCUUUUAGGCCUGUAUACUGGACACCUUAUGAGUGCCAUUAUUUCUUAUUGUUUACAUUGUAAAUUCAUCUUCAUUCACUGUACAUCUGAAGUGUCCUGUUGCCUUUUUACAGUGUUAAACCACACAGUGCAUUACAGUAGAGACUGUUCAGAUCUAGACGCUGACUGAUUAUAUGAUGAUCACGUGUCUCUAGGUUAACUGCCUUGCUUGUUUUAAUCACAGUUAUUUACUAUUAUUCAAUCAUGUUGUAUCCGCACUCAGUACAUCUACUCAUGUAACGUUCUUUUUAUUCAGUGUCACGGGUGUAAACUGCUUUUUUUAAUAAUAAAUCUUCGAUUAAUCAAGAAAUGUGAAAUAAGAUACUGUACGUUGAUGUCUGCAACACAAAUAACGGUCGGCAUAAAGGGCAGCGCUAGUAAAGUUGUUUAUGAAACCAA